AUGGGCAACCUGACGGGCAGCACGGACUUCUGCCUGGUGCAGUUCUCCGCCUCCCAGGAGCUGCAGUGGCUGCACGGAGCCCUGUUCCUACUCGUCUACCUGGGCUCGCUCCUGGGCAACCUGCUCAUCGUCCUGCUGGUCAGCCUGGACCGCUGCCUGCACACGCCCAUGUACUUCUUCCUGAAGCACCUGUCCCUGCUGGACGCCGGCCUCAUCUCCGUCACCGUGCCGCGCCUCGUCGCCGGCUCCUUCUCGCACCGCAGCUGCAUCCCGCGGGCCGGCUGCCUGCUGCAGGUGCUGCUGGUCAUCCACUUCGCGGGCUCUGAGCUCUUCCUGCUCACGGCCAUGGCGUAUGACCGCUAUGUGGCCGUCUGCCACCCGCUGCACUACGAGGUCGUCAUGGGCAGGGCCCUGUGCGUGCGCUUCGCCGUGGCCUCCUGGGGCCUGGGGGGCCUGUUCGGGAGCCUGUACGCGGGCGGCACCUUCUCCCUGUCUUUCUGCGGCUCCAGGAGGGUCCCCCAGUUCUUCUGUGACGUGCCGGCCCUGCUGAAGAUCUCCUGCUCGACCGACCACAUGGCCAUCAGCGUCAGCGUGGCGGCCGGGGUCGUGUACGCGCUCUUCUGCUUCGUGUCUGUCGGCUUCUCCUACGUCAGCAUCUUCCACACGGUGAUGCGGAUCCCGUCGCUGCAGGGCCGCACCAAGGCCUUCUCCACCUGCGUCCCCCACCUCACCGUCAUCACCACCUUCAUUGUCACAGGCACGGCUGCCUACCUGAAGCCAGUGCCCGACUCCCCGGGGCUGCUCGACCUCCUGGUGUCCGCGCUCUACUCUGUUCUGCCCCCGUCACUGAACCCCCUCAUCUACAGUCUGAGGAACAAGGAGAUCAAGGCUGCACUGGGGAGGCUGCGGUGGAGACUCAGCCACUCUCGGCUCUGCGAGGGAAGGCCGUGA